AAUUCAGAUACCAAUGAUGGUAAGGACGGCAGAAUUUCCAUACUAUGAAGAUCAACAAAUUCAAAUGGUAUCGUUGCCGUUGAGAAAUUCUGAAAUGGAAAUGUUAAUCAUUUUACCAAAAAGAUAUUCGGACUAGGAAAGUUUGAAGCAAAACUUACAGGAAGGAAACUAUUCAGUUACGUUGAAGAACUUAUCGUGUCAGGCAAUGUUACGGUUAGGAUGCCAAAAUUCACGUCUAGAAAUAAACGAUAUUUAACAAGUGCACUGAAGAAGAUGGGAAUGCGAUCAAUGUUCGAGCGAACGGCUGAUUUUUCCGGCAUUUCCAAUCAAAAAUCACCUACGUUCAUUGAUGUUUUAAACGUAGCUCAUAUUAAGAUUAAUGAAAAAGGAAUCAAUAACGAAAAUUCAAGCAUCCCAGUAAAUAAUGUUGUGACAAUCGGAGAUGGCGAACAAUUUGUUGCCGAUCAUCCGUUUCUCUAUGUAAUUAUUAACAACCGCGAGACAAUUCUGUGGAUGGGUCGUUUUGCUCCAACGGAAAAAGAUCUGAUUGUCGGAAACCUGGCAAAAGUUGUGGAAAACAAAGAAGUACCGAGAAAGAGGGAAAAAUAAGCAUGUUCUUAUGGAAUAAGCAUUAUCAGGCAAUACUAUACCCAACGAUUAAGGAAUGAUAAUAUCAUUUGAUUAUUUUCACACAAAUUGUUUAUUUUGAAAUAUGUUGUCGAAUAAAACAACCUCAUUAAUUUAAUCCAAAUUAGCGCCAUCUAUUGCUUUCAAUUGCAAGAAAUGGCAAGAAAUUCACCACAUCAAUCCAUUUGGAUCUUAUAAUUACAGGCUCUUAGAUUGAAUGUUAUCUGACUUUAUUUGCUUUCUGUUUUGGCUCAAGCUUU